GAGCUCUGGUAGCCUAGGAUUGACCAGCCUUCCCCCGCCAACUAUUGCUAGCCUAGCCAGCCACCAUGGAAAAGGAGCAGCCGUUGAGGAUAUUUUGCAGGAAUUCGACCUUGAACGCGGCCGUCCGCGGCCAUAAGGUGAAGCUCGUCCUUGCCAACCCCAGCGACAAAUCUCAGCACUGGAUCCGGGACUACAGCGCCGUCGGGCACCUGACGGACGACAACGGCAGCAGGGCGUUUGCGCUCGUGAACAUAACCACGGGACAGGCCAUGGUGAACGUAGCCGGGGCGGGGGAGGUGCGGUUGGCUCCCUACAGCAGCCAUGUCGCCGUGGAGCUCUCCAAGCUGUGGACGAUGGGCGAGAAAGGCCGUGAUGGCUUUGCCGAGGUAAAGGUGCUCCAAGACGUCGACUACACCCUGAACGGCAUCAACGGAAAUGUUAAGGAAGGGACCGUCGUCGGGACCUACACAUCGGAACAAACGGAUAAUGCCUUGUGGAAGAUUGUUCCCGUCAACGAGGAGUAAUCCACGCACUCAUAUACUCCGUGGAAGAUAUGGUGUUAAUUUCUGCUUCCGUCUCCCCAUCUUGUUAUUUUCUUUAUUGGGUAAAAUGUAUCGGUGGUCAUUGAACUUGUCGCGUAUGCUCAUUUAGAUCACUAUACUGAAGAAUACAGUCAGUAUGAUCACUAUGUACAAGCCAGGGUGAUUAUAAGGUUACUGAUCACCAUUGUUUUAUUCAGUUAACUGGUCAAACAGUUU